AUGGCCGGCCGAAUGGUACUAUACAAGCUGGUGGUGUUGGGAGACGGUGGUGUGGGAAAGACAGCUCUUACCAUCCAGCUAUGUUUACAACACUUUGUUGAAACUUACGACCCCACGAUUGAAGACUCAUACCGAAAGCAAGUCGUUAUCGAUGGUCAGCCCUGCAUGCUCGAAGUACUGGACACCGCUGGACAGGAAGAGUACACGGCACUGCGAGAUCAAUGGAUUCGUGAUGGCGAAGGGUUCGUUCUAGUCUACAGCAUCUCGUCACGCUCUUCCUUUACUCGCAUCAAAAGAUUUCACCAUCAAAUCCAACGAGUUAAGGAGUCGUGCGCGUCGUCCCCAUCUUAUCCUGGCUCUCCUAUCUCCUCGGCAAACCCGCAGUUGCCUGUACCUAUUAUGCUUGUUGGCAACAAGAGCGACCGAGUCACCGAGAGAGAGGUUUCCACACAAGAAGGUCACGCCCUCGCCCGCGAACUCGGCUGCGAGUUUGUGGAGGCAUCAGCGAAAAACUGCAUCAACGUCGAAAAGGCGUUCUACGACGUUGUUAGGAUUCUACGCCGGCAGCGACAACAAGCCUCUCGCCCCUCGGAUAGAUCAAGCGGCCGGACGCGAACAGGCAAUGGCGAUGCAAGGGGCGGCGAUCGAGACGAAAGACACAGAAAUAGGAACAAGGACCGAAACAAGUCUAAAUGCGUGGUAUUAUGA